UGCGCAAUAUGUUUUGAGCAUGCCUACCAGCCUGUUUAACGUAUUAUAGAGCGAUCUGUUUAUACCUUUUAACAAUAAAUUAAUUACUAUUGCAAUUGAAAACGUGAACGAUAACGGUGGUUCUUAAAGUUUUUUCCUAUUUCGUCAUCAAAAUUCGGUCUAAUUUUGUAUAAAAAUAAAAAUAUGAAGCCGUUAUUUUUGUUUAUUUUUGGUGUUAUUGCUGUUGUAACAGCACAACAGAAUGAAUAUUGCUAUAAGAGUGUCGUGCAAGCUUGCUCGCAUACAACAAGCAAACUGUCAUCAGACACAUUGCCCGAAUGUGACGCUAAGUAUGGGGCGAUAAACGAAGUCGUGGGGGAUUUACAAGCGUUCGCAACUACCCAUAUCUCGCGUUCUUUCGAAUAUCUCCUGAUGUCCACCCAUUACGCUAAUUACCAAAAGAACAGGCCCGGAUUCGAGAAGUUGUUCCGCGAUCUUUCCGACGAGAAAUGGGCGGAAUCGAUCGAAAUCAUAAAACAUAUAGCCAAGAGAGGAGGAAGAAUGAAUUUCAGAAGAUGGAAGACGGACGAACGCAAACAAAAGCAAGAAAACUACGAAUUGUACGAACUCGAAAGCGUAGCAAAAGCUUUAGAUAUGGAAAAGGCUUUGGCAUUGGAAGCUCACACUAUCCACGAUGCCGUCAGUCGUCGUCUUGAAAAAGCUCACGAUCCCGAAAUUUCCUCUUACAUUGAGGAGGAGUUUGUCCACAAACUUGCUAGCAACGUCAGAAAACUAUCUGGAUACGCCUCUGAUAUUUAUUCAUUUUUGAAGACCAAAGAUAGCUCAUUGGCCCUGUACUUGUUUGACAAUUACCUACAGAAGUCUUUGUAACUUCAUAUUUUGUGAUUUUAGAUAUAGUUAUUACACUUUAAGUCUUCUUCUAUUUGUAUGAUUUUAUUAGAGAUUUAGCUGUAAGUAUAGCGCCAAAUCAAAUUUGUAUCAUAACUGUAGGUACUUGUAUUGAAUAAACAUUUCAAUAAAACGUA